AUGGGCCUGCCCACAUUGUCCUGCCCCGAGUGCCGCGUGGUGUCCGAGUUCGUCAUUCCCAGCAUGUACUGGGUGGAAGACCAGGAGGAGAAGAACCGGCUCAUCGAGGAGUUCAAGUCUGGAGUCAGUGUGCUGAUGUUGCAGUGUGCUGUGUUUUCUGAUAGGUAUGAUCAUGUCAGAGCUCCUGGUCGUGGUGGAGGAUCAUCGGCAGAGCAGCAGAACAGAGGCAGCAGUGCAGGAGCGUCAGCGCCGGGCCCCGGACCCCCGCCCAGCACCAGCAAACAUGUCAGCAAGCCUCUGGUGCUCAGAGACAAAGCGCUGGGCUCUGACAGCAGAGCGAGGGACUGCUGGGAUUACAGCAGCGACAGCAAGCCUCACUCCUAUCUGGAGGCCACCCGCUGCGGGCUGCAGAGCUCGGCCGGCGCCGGCCCACAUCCAGACCACCAGCAGCUCUGCCCUUACCUAGCGACGGGACACUGUCACUACGGCGACAGCUGCCCAUAUCUCCAUGGCGAUCUGUGUGAAAUAUGCCGCCUGCAGGUUCUGCAUCCGCACAACCCUGAACAAAGAGCAGCGCAUGAGAAGAUGUGCAUGACGGCCUUCGAGCUGGACAUGGAGAGAGCGUUCGCAGCACAGCAGAGUCAGGACAAGCAGUGUAAGAUCUGUCUGGAUGUGGUGUAUGAGAAGGCGUCUCCGUCCGAGCGGCGCUUUGGCAUCCUCUCCAGCUGCUGCCACACGUACUGCUUGAGCUGCAUCCGGCAGUGGCGCUGCGCUGAGCAGUUCCAGAACCAGAUCCGCAAGUCCUGCCCCGAGUGCCGCGUGGUGUCCGAGUUCGUCAUUCCCAGCAUGUACUGGGUGGAAGACCAGGAGGAGAAGAACCGGCUCAUCGAGGAGUUCAAGUCUGGAGUCAGUAAGAAGCCCUGUAAAUACUUCGAUCAGGGAAGAGGAACGUGUCCGUUUGGAGGAAAGUGCUUCUACAUGCAUGCGUAUGCCGACGGGACACAAGCAGAACCCGAUAAACCCCGCAAACAGAUGAGCGCAGAGGGGAACAUGCGGUUCCUGAGCUCGGUGCGUCUGUGGGACUUCAUCGAGGAGCGCGAGCACCGUGGGACGCCGGCGGACGAGGACGAGGUCAGUGAGCUGGGAGAGCUCUUCAUGCAGCUGUCUGGAGCCGGAGAGACGAGCGGCUCAUCUGCGGCACGCUGAUCCACCUCCAACAUCUGGCCAAUACAUGUGUUUGUGCGUCCCAGACUCUAUUAAAGCACCUGUAAGGUCUCUGUGGGCUGCUGGGUCCUCCUGACCUGCAUUGGGAUUUUGCCAGAUUCUUUAACGUCAUGCCCAAAGACGAAUGUAU